AUGACAUCCUUUCAAGAAGUCCCAUUGCAGACGUCCAACUUUGCACAUGUCAUCUUUCAAAAUGUGGCCAAGAGUUAUCUACCUAAUGCACAUCUGGAAUGUCAUUACACCUUAACUCCGUAUAUCCAUCCACAUCCAAAAGAUUGGGUUGGUAUAUUCAAGGUUGGCUGGAGUACUGCUCGUGAUUAUUACACAUUUUUAUGGUCCCCUAUGCCUGAACAUUAUGUUGAAGGAUCAACAGUCAAUUGUGUUCUAGCAUUUCAAGGAUAUUACCUUCCAAAUGAUGAUGGAGAAUUUUAUCAAUUCUGUUAUGUCACCCAUAAGGGUGAAAUUCGUGGAGCAAGUACACCUUUCCAAUUUAGAGCUGCUUCUCCAGUUGAAGAAUUGCUUACUAUGGAGGAUGAAGGAAAUUCUGACAUGUUGGUGGUGACCACAAAAGCUGGCCUUCUUGAGUUGAAAAUUGAGAAAAUAAUGAAAGAAAAAGAAGAACUGUUAAAGUUAAUUGCAGUUCUGGAAAAAGAAACUACACAACUUCGAGAACAAGUUGAAAGAAUGGAAAGUGAACUUAACCAUGAGAAAGAAAAAUGUGAUCAGUUACAAGUAGAGCAAAAGGGUUUUAUUGAAGUAUCACAAAAUUUAAAAAUGGAAAAUGAAGAAUUUAAGAAGAAAUGCGAUGAUGCUACAUCAAAAGCUCUCCAGCUUGAAGAAGAUAUUGUGUCAGUGACACACAAAGCAAUUGAAAAAGAAACUGAACUAGAUAGUUUAAAAGACAAACUCAGGAAGGCACAACAUGAAAGAGAACAACUGGAAAGUCAGUUGAAGACAGAAAAGGAUGAGAAAGAAAUAUACAAGAUACAUUGGAAGAACACAGAAAUAGAAAAUACCAAGCUUGUGUCAGAGGUCCAGACUUUAAAGAAUUUAGAUGGGAACAAAGAAAAUAUGAUCACUCAUUUCAAAGAAGAGAUUGGCAGACUACAGUUUUGUUUGGCUGAAAAGGAAAAUCUUCAAAGGACAGUUUUGCUUACUUCAAGUAAGGAAGACCUAUUUUAUUUAAAGGAGCAACUUCGUAAAGCGGAGGAACAGGUUCAGGCUACUGGGCAAGAAGUUGCCUUUCUGGCUAAAGAGCUUAGUGAUGCUGUAGGUGUCCGAGAUAAGACGAUGGCAGAUCUACAUACCGCACGUUUGGAAAAUGAGAAAGUGAAAAAGCAGUUAGCAGAUGCAGUGACAGAACUUAAACUGAAUGCUGUAAAAAAAGAUCAGGAAAAGACUGAUACACUGGAACACGAGCUGAGAAGAGAGGUGGAAGAUCUGAAACUCCGCCUUCAGAUGGCGGCAGAUCAUUAUAAAGAAAAAUUCAAGGAAUGCCAGAGGCUCCAAAGACAAAUAAACAAACUUUCAGACCAAUCAACCAGUAAUAAUAGUAUCUUCACAAAGAAAAUUGGAAGUCAGCAGAGAGUGAAUGAUGCCUCAAUAAACACAGACCCAGCCACUCCGAUUUCUCCUGUCGUUGCAAGGCCAACGCCUUCUGCAGCUGAGACUGAUUUUGAUAUUGUAACAAAGGAGCAAGUCUGUGAGAUGACCAAAGAAAUUACAGACAAAACAGAAAAGUAUAAAAUAUGUCAACAACUCUUACAGGAUGAGAAAACAAAAUGCAAUAAAUAUGCUGAUGAACUUGCAAAAAUGGAGCUGAAAUGGAAAGAACAAGUGAAAAUCACUGAAAAUGUAAAACGAGAACUAGCUGAAGUAGAGGACAAUUAUAAAGAAAUUAAAAGGAGUCUAGAAAGUCAAGCUGAAAGGAAACUGGAAGGUCAGAAUCUCCAGAGUCCACAACAGGUCUCACAGUAUCUCAACAUGUGCUCAGAGCAAAAUGUUCAUGUGUCUGCCGUGCCAAAUAAGCCACCAGUUCUGCAGUAUGGCAAUCCGUAUGCAGUACAGGAAACAAGAGAUGGAGCAGAUGGUGCCUUUUAUCCAGAUGAAAUUCAAAGGCCACCUGUUAGAGCACACUCUUGGGGACUGGAGGACAGUGUUGUCUGCAGCCAGCCUUCUCGAAACCUUAGUCGCCCUGAUGGUUUAGAAGACCCUGAGGAUAGCAAAGAAGAUGAGCCUGUACCCACUGGUCCUGAUCCUCCAAGUCAGCAUUUACGUGGGCAUGGAACAGGCUUUUGCUUUGAUUCCAGUUUUGAUGUCCACAAGAAGUGCCCCCUCUGUGAAUUAAUGUUCCCUCCCAGCUACGAUCAGAGCAAGUUUGAAGAGCACGUGGAAAGCCACUGGAAGGUGUGCCCCAUGUGCAGUGAGCAGUUCCCUCCCGACUAUGACCAGCAGGGCUUUGAAAGGCAUGUUCAGACCCAUUUUGAUCAGAAUGUUUUGAAUUUUGACUAG